AUGUAUUUAAGUCUUACGUCAAUUGUAUUUACAGCGGAACGCACCAAAGAUGGCGAAGUGUUCGAGAUAGUGGAAUACCUCGACCGGAACAGAGACUUCUUGGAGUCAUACGUUAUUGACAGUAUUCCACUAAAUGAAUUGGAGAGAUGGCUUGUGAAGAAAACGACACGGAACAUUAUAUUAUGUGAAUCGGUCUGUGAUUCUAGAACUCUUGAAAGAUGCGAUAAUAAGGGAAAUCAAACAAAAAAACAAAUAUUUAUGGAUUUGGUAAAUAGUCUACGAGAGGACACCAAUGAACACUCUAUAUUGUGGAAACUUGUUCGCUGUAUCAGUUCAUCAAUUUUCGCGGAUGCCUACAGAGUAUUCAAAAUUUUUCCAGAUCAAUCUAAUUUUGUACAAUACUUCAUCACGGAGACUAAUGAAGAAUUGCUUAAUCCAACUCGUUUGAUUCAAGCAAAUUCUAAACAAGUUAUUUUGGUGCUCGAAGCGGCGAAAAGAGGAGCUCCGUGGUGCAUAUCUCGAGACAAUCAUCCAGUAAACUUUCCCGAGACACCACAUUCCUUGUUAAAGGUGUUUGGAGUUGACAUUGAGAAAGAUGCAAAUUAUAUACUUUAUCAACCAAUUUUAACUGCAACCGGAAAAACAGCGUAUGUGAUAGAAAUGUGGCGCGUGGAUAAUAUUUUCACCGACAAAGAUGAAGAGAUUUCUUCAAAUUUCCUCGUAUGGGGAAGUUUGGCGUUACAUUACUGCAAUUUGUAUCUAGACAAAAAACGAGAGCGAUGCAUGUCUGAUUUUCUAUUGGACGUUGUAAAAGCUAUUUUUGAAGAAAUGGUUUCAUUAGAUCAAUUAAUUAAGAGAAUCCUCGAAUUCGCUCAGCGGCUUGUGAAUGCUGAUAGAGCAUCACUCUUCCUUGUAGAUUACAGAAAUUUUGAGCUAGUAUCGACCGUGUUUGAUCUAAAAUUUGAACCUGGGCAAAGUCGAGAUAUGGAAAAGAAAGAUAUUCGCAUGCCCAUCAACAGAGGAAUUGCUGGACAUGUUGCUUUGUCUGGAGAAACAAUGAACAUUCCAGACGCAUAUUCUGAUUACAGAUUCAACAGAGAAGUUGACGAAGCUACUGGCUACAAGACAAUAAGUAUAUUAUGUAUGCCGAUAAAAGUGCAAGGUAAAGUCAUUGGUGUAGUACAGAUGGUGAAUAAAAGAAACCAUGACAAUUUUGAUCAUGACGAUGAAGUAGCUUUUGAAAUUUUCUCUACAUUCUUUGGGUUAGCGCUACAUCAUGCACGGCUAUAUGACCGGAUUAUGCGGAAAGAGCAAAAGUAUAGAGUGGCUCUAGAAGUUUUGAGUUAUCAUAAUACAUGCAGAGAGAAUGAAGUUCAAGCUAUCUUUCAAGAUAAUAGAGCACUAAAUACAAACUUUAAUGAUUUUUACCUAGAUCCAUAUCGGUUAAGUGAGUUUGAAAAAUGUAAAGCUGUUAUAACCAUGUUUGAUGAUCUUUUUGAUUUAUCUAAAUUCGAUGUAAUGACCGUCAUACGAUUCGUUUUGACAGUUAAAAAAAACUAUAGAAGAGUGCCCUACCACAAUUUUGACCAUGGUUGGUCUGUCGCACAUGCAAUGUACGUAAUUUUAAAAAACGAUCAAGCGAAAAGAUUUGAUUACAAAAUGAGAUUAGCACUAUUUGUGGCAUGUUUGUGUCAUGAUUUAGAUCAUCGUGGCUAUACAAAUAAGUAUAUGAGUGAGACUGCAUCUCCAUUAGCUGCCAUGUAUACAACGUCUACCUUGGAACACCAUCACUUUAAUAUAACUGUAACGAUUUUACAACAGGAUGGCCACAACAUAUUUUCUCUUUUAACUAGUGCUGAAUAUAAAGAAAUCUUGGGUUUAAUAAGACAUUGUAUAUUGGCUACGGAUUUAGCAGCGUUUUUCCCUAAUUUAGAAAAGUUAAAAGAAAUUCAUGAAGGUGAUCCAAAGCAUUACAGGUUCAACUGGAGUACUCCUAGUCAUCGAGACCUAGCAAUGGCAAUUUCCAUGACAGCAGCUGAUCUUUCCGCUUCAGCAAAACCUUGGAACAUUCAAAUUAAGACUGUCAAGGUCAUAUUUAAAGAAUUUUAUGACCAAGGUGAUAAAGAAAGGGCAGCAGGGAGAACUCCGAUACCAAUGAUGGAUCGGAAUAAACCUAAUGAGCAACCUGCUAGUCAAGUAGGAUUCCUUAGCCAAAUUUGUAUACCGUGCUAUAAUAUGUUGCACAGAAUGUUACCAAAUACUAAGCCAUUGUAUAUCAUGGCCUUAAAGAAUCUUAACAAAUGGAAAACUAAAGCAGAUCGUAUACUUAAAAAACAGAGCAAAAAUUUGGAAGAAGAAAUAAACCAAUUGGAUAUAAAGGAAGUCACCACAGAUUCUGUGACGGAAGAAUGCAAUGAAACGGAAGAAAGUACUGAUGAAGAGUUACAAGAACAUGAUUUUAUAGAACCUGUUGUCAGUGAUGAAUCCGAAAGUGUAGAUGAUAAAACAAGCAAACAAGGAGCCUUAGAGGAGAAAAGUAGUUGCAUAGAAAAAGCUUGGACAAACGUUAAGCUAGAUACCGUAUCCUGGGAAGAAACGGAAGAAGUCGAAGAAAAAUCAAGUUGUCAUGGAAUAUGGAAAAAUAUUGGAGAAAUAUGGGUGGAUGAAGAUAAUAUUAUAUCAAGACCAAUAAAUUCUGUAAAAGUUAUAACAAACAUUGAUGAUGAAACUAUCGAUUGA